UUCAUUCUUAAUGCGUGGGUCGGUAAUCGAGUAUUUUCAUAUUCACGCGAAAAUUUCGCUGUAUUAUCGCUUCUUAGGUGAUUUCGUAAAAAAAAGUUGGAAAAUUUCUGUAUUUUCUUGUUUUAAAAGCAGUGUUUCUUAUCAUAAUCACUCCGUAUGUAUCGACACGUUUCAUAUUGUUCUAUCGUUUAAGAUAAAUAAUGGCCAGUACAGAACCAGGACAAGAAGUUUCGCAAAUUUUACGACAAUGGGAAGAAGAACAUUUAUCACCUAAUUACGAUCCUACCAAUCAUCUUCAGAGAUUAGCAGAUAUAAUAGAGCUUGAGACAGAAAAUUAUUACAAGAUGGAUCCGGAUCCGUUUGAUGAGAGACAUCCUUCACGCACUGACCCAGAAUGUAAUUUUGGACAAAUAUUGAAAGUUCUCUUCAGAAAAGAUAAUUUUAUGACAAAGUUGAUAAACGAUUAUUUGAGGGACACAUACUUUUCAAGGGCAGGAAUAAUCGGAAAAGAUGUGAGAAAGUUGAAUAUCGCUGCCUGUCGCGUUAUGUUGGAUAUACUUCCGGGAUUAGAAACAUCUGCGGUAUUUCAGCCGGAGAUGGACGGUCUUGUCAACAGAUUGUUCUCAUGGGCGGAAAAGAGCAUCGAGCCGUUGCAGAGUUAUUCUACCGGUCUUCUAGCUGCUGCUAUGGAAGUUCAAGAAAUUGCUACUGGUUUCAGAGAGCAAAAUUCUAGGAUGAUACCGCUCAUGUUGCAGCGAUUGCACAAGCUGCAGCAAAAAGCGCAGGAAGAUCGUCAGCAAAAACCGCACGAGGAUCGUCAAAUCAUCAAUGCUAGACCGUUUGCUCAUUUUGCACGAGACAGGAACAACGUUAUCGAUAUCGAUGAUACGAGCGGUGGUACUCUGAAGCGCAAGACGCCUGAUAAACGUCGAGAGAACGGAACGACUCGAGAAUCGAAAGAAUUCUCUCCUAAUGACGACGAUGAUUCUAUAUGUUGUAAUUCCGAUGACGCACCGACGAGCAAGAAGAGAAAAAACGAUAGUACGGAAAGCACACCUGUGAAAAAUAACGAGCUUUAUCCUGAAAUUAUGUCUCCGCCUUUGUCCAUUCCCAAAAUCGCAAACAGUUCGCAAUUUAAAUCUGGAUGUAAAUCUGGUUUGUGUUCAAUUUCUAGCGGGACGCAUUUGACGGCGAUGGAAGGAAAUUCCAACUCGUCCUGGGCUGAGAUGGAGUCCUAUGUCAUUGGUAAUAUUCAAAUGUAUCCUCCUACCCUCGCUACUCGUCAAAUGCUCAUUUUGCGUUAUCUAACGCCUAUGGGAGAGUAUCAAGAAUUCCUCGCCCAUGUGUUCGAGCGGAACGCUCUGGAUUUGAUACUCAAGUAUAUCAAUGUUCGAGAAACCAAAGACAGCAGACUCGCUUUCGAGGCUCUCAAAUAUCUCGCGUCUCUGCUUUGUCAUAAGAAAUUCUCCAUCGAAUUUCUCAAUGUCGGAGGUUUGCAAAGAUUGUUGGACGUGCCAAGACCGAGUGUCGCGGCGACCGGCGUCUCUAUAUGUCUCUACUAUCUCGCAUACUGCGAAGAUGCUAUGGAACGAGUUUGUCUGCUGCCGAAACAUGUGAUUUCGGACCUUGUGACUUACGCGUUAUGGCUGUUGGAACGUAGUCACGAUUCCGGACGAUGCCACGCGACUAUGUUCUUCGGCUUUUCUUUUCCAUUCAAAAUUAUAUUGGAAGAAUUCGAUGCGCAAGAUGGCUUGAGAAAACUAUUUAAUGUGAUAUCUACUUUGCCGAUUCUAAAUAUUGAAGAAGAUGCGACUAUCAAUGACGAUGAGGAAUGCGCGUCGAAGCAGAUCGUACGGCACGUUGCUGUUGCUUUGAAAAGAUACAUGGAAGCGCAUUUGCAUUUGAAGGCGGAACAAUUGCAACGCGCGGAAAACGUCAGAACUGAACGCGCCGACGCAGCGUGGCAGCCUUCGAUACCACCUUACAAGGCGUGUAAGCUCAGCAGCGAAGAGGUUCAAGCGAAAGUCGAGAUUCUUCAUGAUUUCAUGUCUGUUAGAUCAGAAUGGCCGCCUGUGGAAGAACUUUAUCGUUUGGGUGGCAUUACUUUGUUGUUACAAAUCAUAGCUUUUGUUCGCGAGUGGAACUUUACUGGACGGAUGAUGCAUACCACUUCCAGCGCGGAGACAGUUAGAUCGUGUUUGGACGUGAUUGCGAUUUGUUCUGUUGUGCCCAAAGUUAUGUUGCUGCUGUGCGAAAGAAUCGAUAUGCCAGACAUGACCAUGACAACGGCUAUUAAUCUUUUUCUAGCGGCUGCUGAAUGCGAAAUUAUCGCCGAUGCCGAUGUACAGAGAGCGGCACUCAGAGCUAUCGUUAAUUGCGUAUGUGCUCCUAUCGCGAGGGUUGGAGGAAGCGUAGCCAGAUAUUCCGUUACUGGAUCUGCUAAAAAAAAAACUACUGUUCACAAUAGCGAGGAAUUGAUACAGAAAGUGUGGGAGUGUGUGCGAUCGAAUAAUGGAAUAAUGGUAUUGCUGCAAUUAAUGACGGUGAAAACACCUAUCACCGAUGCUGAUAGUAUUCGAGCGUUAGCGUGCCGCGCAUUAGCCGGGCUAGCGCGCAGCGAAAAAGUUCGACAGAUUAUUAGCAAAUUACCGAUGUUCACCGAUGGACAGAUUCAAUCUCUUAUGAAAGAUCCUAUAUUGCAAGAAAAACGACAGGAACACGUUACUUUCCAGAAAUACGCUCUCGAAUUGGUGGAAAGGGUGUCUGGUAAAGCGAAACCCGGUGCGAAAACAGGUGCGGAAUACGAAGUUUCUUUGGUCAGCUUGCACAGGGCAAAUGUUGUAGCACAAACAAGGAUACAGUACAAUGAACAACAACUUAAUCAAUUAAUAUAUCAACAUCUUAUGUCAAAAGGUUUAACCGAAACGGCUAAUACAUUGCACAGAGAAGGUAAUUUGGAUUCCGCUGCGGCGAUUAUGAGAUCAACGACAACGUAUCAACCUUUUAUGUAUAGAAAUCCUGCAAAUAUAACUCCGAGAAAUGGUUUUUCUCUAGCUGCUUUUGUCAAUUUAUACAAUAGCGUUAGAUGUGUGCCAAGAGAAGCUGCGUUGAAUAGUUGUCGAAACAAUACCGCUACUCCCACAUCGUCUCGAUUUGUUGUAUCCCAUACAACAAGUACGUGUUCCGCUUCUUCGCCAGCUGUGAACAGUAACAUCCGUUUGAAGCUCGCUGAUUGUCUGAAUCAAAGUGGCGUCUCGAAUAAUGUGAAUCAACCGAUUAAACUGCAAAUCAAUCAGAAAAAAUCAAUAUCCAUCGACAGACAAUCACCUUUGGUCGCCUCAACUUGUCAGUCUACGACCCAAUCCACUUGUAAAUCUUUACAGAAACAGAUUUCUAGAGAUCCCGGAGGUGGCGGAGGGCCUGGUGUAGUGCCCACUUCCAAUGUAUCCGGUGUAGUUGCUCCCAAUAUUACUCUCGAUUCUAUUAUUACCGAAUAUUUGACUAAUCAACAUGCUCUGUGCAAGCAUCCUAUGGUAACAUGUCCACAGUUUAAUCUUUUUGAACCUCACAAAUGUCCAGAUCCGUGUACAAAAAAUUCCUCGUCUCAGAAUAUAACGGUGAGAUUAACAAGGCGAGUAUUAGGUAUGGAUAGCAGAAAAUUGGAUAGAAGAUAUAUCUACAGCCGUUUCUGUCCUGUAAAAACUUUUCGACCUACUGAAGUAGGAGGAAUAUUUACUUGUUGUACUUUCUCGCCUUGCACGCAAUAUCUCAUUUUGGGCACCCAUUCGGGAGACAUCAAAAUGUUCAAUGUCCAUACAGGAAUGGAAGAAGCGACUUAUCAGUGUCAUGAAUCGUAUGUAUACCAUACAGAAUGUAACAAGCGUGGCAAUCUUUUGUUGACCUCGACGACUUGGAGAAAUCCUAUGUCAGCACUUUGGGAUAUAGGUUCAUUUUUUGAAAUGAAGCUCGGUUUCGAGAACGAGGAGUAUGUUGAAUUCAGCAAAUUACAGGACAGAAUAAUCGGCACGCAAGGAGAAGGCGCAACGAUAUAUGAUAUAGCAACCGCAAAAUUAUUAUUAACAUUAUCACCUUCCAUUUCCAAUCAAUAUACAAAAAACCGAGCAACCUUUAGUAUGAAUGACGAGUUGGUGCUUAGCGAUGGUAUAUUGUGGGAUGUUAAUUCAGGCAAAGAAAUUCAUAAAUUUGACAAAUUGAAUCAAACAUUAAAUGGAGUUUUUCAUCCAAACGGUACUGAAAUUGUGUCCAAUACCGAAGUGUGGGAUUUAAGAACCUUUCACUUGCUCAAAACAGUUCCCACUCUUGAUGAAAUGGAAGUUAUCUUUUCACCGGUUAAUAAUAUUAUUUAUGCAGUUUCGUCGGAUCAAGAGGGUGAAAAUGAUUCACAUUAUGUAACUUCAUUCAAGACUCUGGAUGGUUUUGAUUACAGCAAUAUUGCAACUUACGAUGUUAAAAGAGGAAUUAAUGGAUUUGCAUGUAACAAAUUUGACACUCAAAUUGCUACGGUGGAAAAUAUAGGUGAAUUUUCAAGUAUACAAGAAUCGUGUGUUAGAUUAUACGAUGUUGGAAGAAGAAGAGACGAUGACGACGAAGUCGACGAAGAUGAAGAUGAAGAAAUGGAUGCCAGUGAUGAAGAUGAUGGUUCAAAUUCUGCAUCAGAUGAUAAUAAUGUAGACGAUGGCGAUAAUGCAGGUGUAGAAGAAAAUGGCGAUGAUAACGAUCAAAACGACAGAGAACGUAAUGAUGACGAUGAUGAUGACGACGACGAAGACGGUGGCGAUGGAGACGAUUCUGGCGACAGCAGUGACGAUUACGAUCCUAAUGUCGAUAUUCACGAGAUUUCCGAUGAAUUUUCCUUAUCGGACAUAGAUGAUUUGGAAAUAUUGUUUUCGUGAACGUCCCAGACGAUAUUGUACAUAUAUAUAUACACACAUAUGCACAUGUAUGUGUGUAUAUAUAUGUAUACACACACAUUAACAAAUAUGAAAAAAAGUUUCAUUACAGUGCAUUAUUAAUUGCACACUCUAAAUGUAUAAAUAAAUAUUUCCAGCCAUUGUAUAAUUUGAAUGUUUCUGUUACGUGAGGCUAAUUGAACACAGAUCAAUUAUACAUUCACAUCAUUUUUUAUUUUGUUAUCAAAUGCAACAAAAAGAACAUUUUUAUCAAUCAAAUGCCAAAUAUCUGUUUAUAUAUUGUCUCCGUGCAUAAACAUUCAGGCAAUCUUAAAGUUUCUUACGUAUGCGUGCGCGUAUACAUGCGUAUGUUGGUGAGACACUGUGUACACAAAUCUGAUUACUUUUGUGAUUUAAAAAUGAAAUCUACAUAUUUGUAAAUAUA